CGCGAUAAGCGCCACCAGUCGUAAUCUGUCUGCCUCCGAGUAGUGUGUUGAGCUAAAAAAUUACCUCCAAGCAUCAUUAUCAUAUCAGAAGAAGUUAAAACAACGUUUUAGCAGCUACUAUCACAAUGGACCUAGAUAAAGAGUAUUCCCCGUCACAAUGUAGCCAUCGAUUAAUUGAUAACAGUCCAGCAGACAUAAUGAAUUCGUUUGUGAAAAUUCACAUAGAAGAAACUCAGCGUGUAAGAAAAGUCUAUAAACAUCGUUUGGAUGUCAGCUAUGGAGACACUGCAAUGCAAUCUAUGGACAUUUACUUUAAGGAUCAAGAGUCUAAUACCCCCAUUUUUGUCUAUAUCCAUGGUGGAUAUUGGAUAGAGCUUACUAAGGAGGAAUCUGGAAUUUGUGUGGAACCGUUGGUGGAAAGAGGCUAUAGAGUCGUGGUUAUGGAUUAUGAUCAGUGUCCCAAUGUGACUCUAGAGGAAAUUGUCCAGCAGACUAGAAAGUUUUUGAAGUACUUGCUCAAAUACGCAGUGGAUACAAAUGCUGGAAACAUCUCCUUCUGUGGUCAUUCGGCUGGUGCCUAUCUAAUUGCAACUUUACUUCAGCCCGCCUGUCUAGAGCUACCAAAUUCCAAUUUAAUAAAGGAUUUCUAUUUGAUAUCCGGAAUCUAUGAUCUACGUGAACUUCAUAAAGUUAAUGCUGCAAAUCCCAAUAAUGUUCUAUCAUUGGAUGAAGAAUCAGCUGUGAGGCUUUCACCGAUUUUAUUUGAAUUGCAUAAAUCUGCAGUUAAUAUUAAAGUUUAUGUUUUGUUUGGAGAACAUGAUAGUAGUGUGUUUAAAAAACAAUCUAAGGAUUUCUGUAAGAGACUAGAAUCAGAAAAUAUUCCAACAAAGCAAUCUGAACUCUUGGAACAUGAUCAUUUUACUAUCAUCGAAGAACUCAGAAAUGAGGAUUCAUCUAUCAUGGGUUUUAUACUUAAACAAUUGGACUUAAAAUAAAAAUUAAUCAAAAAAGA